UCGUGGUCUCCUGCUAGUAGCUCGCGGAAGGAGUCUGACACGGCUGCUACAGCAGUAGAUACCAUGCGGGAUUCGAUACACGACCUUCGUUGUGGCUUCUUGUGCCUUCAAGAUACACAGAGAGAGCGAACCCGGCCUGUUUUUCAUGGCUCGUGAAGUGAGAUGUCGUGGAACAGACAGACAGACAGACAGACACACCGACAACUACAGUAGCCCUCGCUGCGCAUGCGCGCCGAGGGUUAAUACGGCAAUGCCAAGAAAUAGCUAACAUUAUAAAAGUGUUCCCUCGAGAAUGUAACUAUGCUGCUUGACGCUGCUCAAGACAUGUCAGAGUUUGUGUAGCUUUACGUAGCUGGGUCAAAUGUGAAUGUGAGAUUAGACAUAGUAUUGAUUCCGUUGCCAAAGUUUUAUGAGAAACAUGAAAACAAGUCGAUGUGCUCUCUGCUGAUGACAUCUGCGAUAUCUCAGACACUUGCAAGGAAUGGGACACAGCAAAGUCCUUUGCCGUAAGAUAUCAUACUUCAUACUUACAAACACUGUGAACCUACGUACCUUCAUGCCACUCUCUAGGAAAUGAUAUACAGGGAGUUUUUCACUCAAGGCGAUUUGGAGAAGGCGCUAGGAGGAACACCGAGUGAGAUGAUGGAUCACGACAAAGCAUUCAUUCCAACACAGCAGAUUGGAUUCAUGGACAGCAUUGCUGGCCCUGUCUUCAAGGUUCUGGGGCAGCUGUUGCCCAGUGCCAGUGCAGCGUACACUGCUCUGACUGACAACCAGCAGAGAUGGGAGCAGCUUAGGAAAGAAGGCAGGAGAACGCAUUGACCUAGACUGAUAAGAUAUAACUGUUGUAAAUUUUUAGCCUUCAUUUUCAGAGCUGUUUUUUUUAUUAUGGGCUACCUAUACUCUUUCCUAAAACCUACAUUCCUGCAAGCUGCUCUGUUAUGGAUUAUUAUAAUACCCACACCAC